CCUUUCCUAGUUGGUCGACAUGUCCUGAACUCACUGAUUCGAAGUUCAUCAAAAUUGCAACGAUAUGAGCAGCUAUAGAUCGCUACUGUUGGAGCUUUCCAACAGUUUGACCACUGCAGACCUGCAGGAGCUUAAAUUCCUGUGUGGAGAUGUCAUUCCUGCCGGUAGAUUGGAGAGAAUCAACCGAGGAUUCGAACUUUUUGGCGCUUUGGAACAACUCAACAUGCUGUCAGAAGAGAACAGAGAUUUCUUGGCGUCCAAACUGAUUGCUGUCAACAGAAAUGAUUUAAGAAACAAACUCUUAGGAAUACAAGGUAAGUUUUAGCCCAAGUCAGCAAUCUAAAGAGAUUUUUCUAUUACAGGAAAACGAACUUUGCGUUCAUCUACCAUGGGAUGGGAAGUCAGUACGCUGAUUAUCAAAAAUACUGUCAAGGAGCUUAUAUAUGAUUAUACAAACAUUAAUUUAUUAAGCACGUUAAGAUCUGCCUCAGUACUUUAUUUAAUCCAUAAAACCUAUCGCGUGGAAAUUUCUUUUGAUCCAGCUGACUUGAUUGAAGUCAAGUUACUUCUCUAAGCUGUUAGAGAAUUAAUUUUUUAUACAUUGAAGUCAUGCCCAGAUAGAGAGGUACAUGUACACUUUCUAAAAUUCUGAUAUUUCAUAGUUUAAGAAGAACUCUACCCAAUUACAUUGAAGACUCCAGAGUCUAUGUUAAACACAAAUGACUUCAAACCAGAGGGCAUAUUCCUACUAAAAACUCCUGGAAAUUGUGUGUAUGGAAAUAAUGACCUGUCUCUUCAUUCAUUUAAUGCCAUCUAACUGAGAUUAGCCCGCAUAGCAAGCAUUUCUGUCUGGUUUUGGAGCAAAGAAAGACCGAGGAACGGGAUUCUCAGUUUUGGCCUUGCGAGAAAUGAAACGAGCCAAAAAAUGAAGGUGGGGGGAGAGGGAGGGGAAGGAAGGAAACGCUUGCAGACAAACCCCUCGAUUUUGAAAACCUGCAUUCGCCAGCGAACACAGCGCCUGAUUGGCUCGGCUAGUCGAACAAUGUUGACAUGUGUCGAUCAAAGGUUUGUUUCAUACUGAGAGGACGGUAUGGUACGUGACAGGUAUAUUAAUUUUCAGUGGUUGUUGUUCAUUCUGGUCGGCAAGAUUUGUCCUCCAAUGCAAGAGCAUUUCCUUUGACCUUUUUUAAAACGUAAGGCUCUUCUUGCAACUAAAUGAGGGUUUCAGGUUGUUUAAUUUAUUCUCCAAAGUGCCCCCUGGAUCUGAAUAACUAAAAGCGAUUUUUGUUUGUCCGCAAAUGCGAUGGUUUCCUGCAAUGCUGGGCCCAGCUCGUUAGUGUUUUUUUGAGGGAUGUUGAAUGCUCUCAGAUGGUGAUUUACAGACUGCUCUGUUAGACGGAUUAAAAAGACAAAUGUCCAAAGCCUGUAUUGAUCGUUUGGAUUCAUUGAUAUUUCAACAUGAACGCCGUCCAUGUGUUACCACAGGGAGCCCACACAAUAGGUUUGUGUAGCCGAUUGUUAUUUUAUAGUAAAUGUACUGGAUUUACCGUUUGCUUCACCUAUAGCGAUAUAUCGCUAACUAUGUAUAUAAAUCAAUGAUAAAUAAACGUUGAAUUACCUUACCUGUGGUGUAUAGUCGUCCGUUUGCCUCAAAAGCGGUUUUUUGAGCGAUUUUGAAUGAAUUUGAGUUCGCCGUUGACUGUUCCACAUAAUAGAAGGACAAGGGAGGAAUCCUUGUUUUGAAAGGGUUCCAACACGGGCGAUUUUCACCCCAAAAUCGCAUCACUCCGCUUUCAAACGCAGCAUAAAGGUUAAAAGAUUCACGAUUCUUCUCGUACCUUCCAAUGAAAAUCCAUCCAAGCGGCCCGGAGCUAGCCAUCGAAAAUCAAAAUCCCACAGUAUUUGACGACUGGAAUCGUAGCAAAGAUCCAUACGUGCCAGCCAGAAACCGUCCCGCUGAUUGCCUCUUUUGAUUGGAUGUCGUUAAACAAAUGGUUAAAUAAUAACUGAUGAAGAAGACUUGGUAAGCGUUUGUUGUUUAACGACAUCCAAUCAAAAAGAGGCAAUCAGCGGACGGUUUCUGGCUGGCACGUAUGGAUCUUGCUACGAAUUCCAGUCGUCAAUACUGUGGGAUUUUGAUUUUCUUCGAGGGCUAGCUCCGGCCGCUUGGAUGGAUUUUCGAUUGGAAGAUACGAGAAGAAUCGUGAAUCUUUUAACCUUUAUGCUGCGAAGUUUGAAAGCGGAGCGAUGCGAUUUUGAGGGUGAAAAUCGCCCGGCGCUGGAACCCUUUUCAAAACAAGGAUUCCUCCUUGUCCUUCUAUUAUAUGGAACAGUCAACGGCGAACUCAAAUUCAUUCAAAAUCGCUCAAAAAAACCGCUUUUGAAGCAAACGGACGACUAUACACCACAGGUAAGGUAAUUCAACGUUUAUUUAUCAUUGAUUUAUAUACAUAGUUAGCGAUAUAUCGCUAUAGGUGAAGCAAACGGUAAAUCCAGUACAUUUACUAUAAAAUAACAAUCGGCUACACAAACCUAUUGUGUGGGCCCCCUGUGGUGUUACAAAAUACAAAAAAUAUAUUUUGGGUUCACAUACGCGUCCUCUGAAGUCCAUUUCCGCUCCACUGAAAGCCAAACAUUUUAUUGGUCAAUUAUGACAGCUGAUGACAGCAUCAAAUGUCUGUGCCCAAACUCAGGCAUGACAGGCCAAGUGGGCGGUUUUCAAAAUCCCGGGGUUUGUUUGCAAGUGUUUCCUUCCUUUCUUCCCCACCCCCUCCCUGCUCUUUUACUUACGCCAUUUUUCGCGUGGUGUUUGACUCUCGUUCCUCAUUCUUUGCUCCUAAACCGCACGGAAACGCUUGCUAGGCAGGCUAAACUGGGAUUACUGUGAUUCUGCUUGAAACCUGUCAAUCUUCUGGUCUCCCAAUACAGGCCACCUAAUCUCCCAGAAAAAAUGUCUUUCAGCUUUUUUGUACUAUAAUGUGGAAUUUACCCUCAAAUUUUGAUUUGUUCUUUUUCUUUAACCCUUUAAGUCCGAAUAGUGACCAACAGCAAUUUUCUCCUAACAAUGUCCAUACAUUGUCAAGAGAUAAGGUUGUGAGAAUAUAAAAAAUGAUCACAAAAGAGAAAAUGCCUUGAUGUUUUAUUAAAUUCUCUCAACUAAUUCUUAAAGGAAAUGAAUGGAGAUCAGUUUGGAGAAUUUGUAUGUGGAUAUUGGGGGUUUGAGGGUUUAACACCCUCCCUGCUAGUAGAUGCCUCUUCAACCCUUGUCAACAAUUGAAAAUAAUUAGUACAGUUUUAUCAUAGAAUAUUAUUAAUAUUAUUAUUUUGAAUAUUUUUUCUUCUUCUCUCUCAGGGGAUCCAAAUGCUGUAGGUCCAGGACUAAGUAAGUACAAACAAUGACUGAUACUUGAUGCAGUUAGACCCAGUAUUGAACUUCACAUGUGACAAACCUAAUACAAAUGGUCAAAACAGGUGUUUCUUGGUGUUGUGGAAACCAUUGCCUGCGUGCAGACGUCUCCUAUUUCCUUUGUUGCAAGCGGAAAAGGGACGUCUGCGUAACGCCGUCGCUAAUCGUGUUCCAGCGUCCUGCUGGGUUCCCAAGAUCUUGGGAACACGCUGUGAUAGGCUGUCACACAGUGUGCAUUGUUUGACUUAACGCUGAUUGGUUGUUAUCGAAUGUGGUCUGAUAAUGUAUGUGGUGAUUUAAAUGAUUUAAGCAAGCAGGGUUUUCUAACCAAAACAAAUCAAAACAUGUGCGAUUGUGUGCUGUGUUUUUCGUUGAUCGAAAAGCAGAGCGAUCGAAAUCUUGUGCGGGGACGCGGAAAAUUUAACGUGUGCAAGGAAAUUAUUUCUUUACAAUUUACUGGGCAUGACACAUCACAUCAUAUUUGUAAACAGUGUCUGAGAAAACUACAAAAGCGGCGUGGACUUCGCACCAGGCAGGCAUUUCGGAGAAAGCCAGCCAAAGAAACUAAAAUCUUUAUUUAGCUGCAACAAACAGAGGUCAAGAAAAUUUAAACACUUUACAACUGCAUCUGAAAUCAAAUCCUAUCGGGAACACCCACAGAAGCAUAAACCACAGGAAAUGAUUACUCAGUAUACAUGUAACAAACCUGCUUCAUGACCUCUAAAUGUAAGACUUCGUGCGGCAAAAAUGAGAUUUACUCGGUCAAAGGUUAGAAUGCUACAUGUACUGUGUAGUGCUAGUAAUCUUCGCACGAGAGAGAAAAGAAGAAAUACCUCUGUUCAAGCAGACUCUCAAGGUCACAAGCUUAUGAUGUUUUGUUUGGCCUGUCAACUCUUAUUUCUAACCGGAUAUUAUUUCACAAUUUAUGCGAAAUAGAAUACCCUGCCAGCAGGACGCUGGAACACGAAAAGCGACGGCGUUACGCAGACGUCCCUUUUCUGCGUGCAACAACGGAAAUAGGAGACGUCUGCACGCAGGCAAUGGAAACCAUUGUUCAAUGGUUCACUUUUGUUUUGUGGUGUGGUUUUUAUUCAGUGUCUUUUCAAUCUUUUGUAUUAUGCCAUUUGCUGUUUGCGACCAAUUGCAACAUUUUCCUCCAUCUUUGCUACAUUGCAGUUGGUACGGCAGUGAUGUUGCCAUCAAAUCUAAACAACAGGCAAGUGUCUGACACAUUGCUGCAUGAUCUUGUGGAAGACCUUAGUACCAGCUGGAAAAUGCUUGGUCGACGCCUUGGUAUUCCCGAGGGGGCCAUUACAAAUAUUGACAUGGAACAUCGUCGUGUAGUAGAAAAGGGUAUGGCGAUGUUUGCUGAAUGGAAAAGACGGAGAGGUGAAGGCGCCACAGUGGGGGUUUUAAGAGAAGCCCUGGACAAAACAGGAAGGCGUGAUCUGUCAGAAAGAGUUAGAGGUACAUGAAAAGUAAAUCUUUGGUUUUUUAUCUGUAACAUUUUUUGAUGAUAUAUAAACUUUUUCUCAUAAGCUCCGCUGUUAAUAUCUUCCAACCAACAUUAUUGACAAGUUUGAGUAACUUACAUCCAUAACACCAUUAUCGUACAUUGCCUUACCAAGAAAACAAAGAAAUAUCAAAUUUUUAAAUUUGAUAAUCUAUACCACCAUUUUAAAAAAUGGUGGUAUAGAACCACAAUAUCUACAUUUAACUGAAAUAUUAUGUUUCACUCCAAAUUGAAAAGUUAUGGUCAGUGUUGACUUUAACACUUUUUUCUUGUACUAGAUAUCGUUCAGGCUGAACAGCAAGCUAUGAUGAAUACCACUACAACAGGUUCGUUUUACAUCUGACAGAAGUGCCCAGUGAUCACUUUUGACUUGUACCCUGUACUUUUGUGCUUGGGUGAAAAGGAAAUGCUUGCUUUUGCAAUAACCCUAUAUACAUGGUUUCUUCAAUUUCUUCUUGGUUUAUUGACUACAGCAAUUUGCUUAACAGGUUCUCCAAUAGAGGAAAGACAGCCAUUUCCAAAUUUAAAUCCACUUAGGCCAGCUUUGCCAAUUAUAUCACCAACAAGUACCCCAAUUGGUACAGCUGCACAUCGGCGGCCUCAACAGCCAGGUAGGGUCCCUGUGCCAGUGACUGAAAGUUUACGGGAGCCCCAGGAGCAAGCUGAACCUGUGCAUCAUGCAGCUUCAAAUGCCUCCGCCAGCACAACAGAUCUUUCUACUGGCUCAACAAGAAUACCUCGCCCUCCUGGGGCUGUUGAUACAUUCUCAAGGUUUGAACAAAAUUAAUUUGUGUAUUUGACUGUUUAGUCUUGUAUUUAAAUGUAUAGCUGAAAGAAGACGGAAUCCAUCAGGAAAUUGAGUAAUUUCAACUUUCAGUGGACAAAAGCCUUGUACCAGAAUAAUUUAAACACUACCACAUUCUUUUUUACAUUUUUCAAGGGCUAUAUAGGUAUAAUAAUAAUAUUAUUAUUUUAUUAUCUGUAAUAACACCAAAGACUAUUUCUCAUGGGAGCCUGAGAAAAUAAAUGACAAAUUUCACAAGAACUUUGAAAACACAGGUAAAAUUCUGCAAAUUUCAUGUGAAAGAUGUCAUUUUGUGAAAUUUAAUAUUCGUUUUCUCAGGCUCCCAUAAGAAAUUUUCUUUGGUGUUAUUACAGAUAACUAAUUACAUCUAUAGCCCUUCAAAAAUGUAAAAAAGGAAUGUGAUAUUGUUUAAAUUAUUCUAGUACAAGGUUUUUGUCCAAUGAAAAUUAAAAUUACUGAAUUUCUUUAUGAAUUCCGUCUUUGUUACAGUAACCAGUUUGAUAGGUCGGAUAAGAGAUGAAAAUGGGAACUUGAAAAACAGAGCAAACAGAAGCAGUAGCAACUCUUAUCUCGGAACAUGUCAUGAUCGCAAUUUAAAUGCUCAAUACCUCUUCACUAAUUGCAACUGACAAGGAACACUUUAGUUCUGAAACUGCAGUCUUGCUUUAGGACUUGUAACAGAAAUUCAGACACACUGUUAAGACUCUUACCAACGGAUGAACUACAGGACAUCAGGCUAUAGUCCAAAGACUCGUUUAUCUCCAGAAAAAUCAACUUGGACUUUGUCGGCGCCUAAAGAUCUUGACUGACUUACAGCUCAAUUCUCCAUAGUUGGUUUAGCUUUCAGUUAAGCUACAAUUUGGACCAGUAGUUAUCUAUCCUGUGAGAAUUCAAGAUCCUACAAACAAUUACAUGUAACAACACUAAAGAGCUUGGCCUCAUCCAACUCACUGACAAAAAAACUACAUGCCAGUUAUUGUGGAAAAAAAAACCUGACAUCUUUACUGAAAGGUUGUAUAGCUGCAGUGAAAACCAGAGAUCAGAGAGGAGACGAGGAGAUCAGAGGUCAAAGAAAAUCAGUGCUAAAACUGCAUGUGUAUUUGACUGUUUAGUCUUAUUAUAACUGACAGCUUGUUACAGUAACCAGUUUGAUAGGUGGGAUAAGACAUGAAAAAUUAAAUAAUUGCUACAGGUGAUUUUACGUAACCCCAAAACGAGAGAAAGACAAUUUAAACAAAGGAUAAAAACUGGUUGUCUGAUGAUUAAAAUAAAUAUUUAUUACAAUAUUAUGAAAUUUUGGUCUGAAAGUCUAUCUUUCACCCUCCUGAGUCCAAUCUGCUUGUAUACCAGCAUGUUAGGUGAGGUUGAAGAUUUGCUCUUAAAUUGAGUUAAUUCCUAGCCUGUUGUUAAAAAUUACUAAACCCUUAUCAGCUUUAAAAAGGUUGGGAUUCUCCAUCAGGUUGAGUUGUUGUGCCAUAAUAGUGAGCUUCUGCAACAGGAUGGCAAAGAGAAGAGGGCAGCAAAAAUUUUUUGUGUGACAAAGAAUGUUUUGAGUGUUUAUUAUUUUUUUUGGCAGCUGACUCACUGUUUGAAUUAUGAUAAAUUUCAUGACACAGCUCCUUUAAUGGUGGUGCAAUUUUGUUUUAUUUCAGGCAACCAGUCCCUGAACAGGCCACAGCUGGGAGAGAAGUGGAUGUGCACGAUUCAGGAGCAGGUACAGUUACACAUGCAUUUCGUAUUCUACAGACUUAGUACCAUCAAUGACUCAAAUUAGAAAGCUGGUUUACUAACUUUAGGCUACUAAAUCUUAGUCAUCUGUUACCGACACUGUACCAAUGACUUAUUGACAGACUGAAACAAAACUGACGACAAAUGACUGGACGACUGACAAUUUGACUAACAAUGAAAAAUAAUUGUUUAACUGUAACAAAAGAUCUAUCAAAAUGAACCAAUGAAACAGAGUCUUCUUAGCCAAUGACAUCAUUGCUUAACUGAAAGAUGACCAAUUUACUUAAUUGAUCAAUCAGCUCAAUAACCAGAGUUUAAUACCAUCAAUUGACUAGAUACAACUCACUUCCAAUCUGAAAAUGACUACUGCACAGGUCAGUCACUGUCAACAAUAGUCCUAUUCAGUACUAAACUCCCCCGGACGAUCAUGCUCAACCACUAACCUACUUAUGAAAUGACUCUUGGGUUCAAACCUUUCACAGUAACAGAUGCCCAGGUGGACCUAGAGCUGAAAGGAAAGCUUCAAUCUGAUGGGUGCUUCCUAGAUCCUGAGAAGUAUGAUCCGGUGAAAUUCUUAGGAUCUGGAGGAUAUGCUAAGGUAAAGGGUACAAAUACAGUGUGCAUAGAGAAUAUUGAGGCCUUCCUCAGGGGGUUUAUGCAUGUUCUUUGUCUGAAUUUCAAAACCCGUUGUUUCAUGUGUGGAAGAGGAGGCCAUGUUGCUGUCGGUAUUUUACUAUUAUAUUUGGAAUUUCCCUGUCGCUGUCACAGAUUGAACCCAUCUUUGUGUCGUUUGUCGCCAUUUCCUCUAUCUUGCAUUGUUGUAUCAAGGCCAUGACGCUUGUGUGAAUUUUACCCCAACAAGGCCUUGAUAUUACAUGGCCACGCAAAGAUAUGAAACAUCUCUUCAUGAGAUCAAAAAUAUUUCACAAGUGAGCCCAGUGAACAAGUUAGUCAACAUGUGAUGAGAAAUCAUUUUUUGUAUCUCCAAGUGGCCAUGUAUUGUUUUAUUUAUUAUUUAAACAUCAAUGAAAUACCAAACAACUUCACUUUAUUAUUUUUUUGCUUAGAAAGGCGCAAUAUGUAUUUUCAGCCAUAGCAACUGUGAACUUUGCACAUGUGAAGAUAGCAUAAUAUUUUUACAUGUGAAGCUAUCAUGUUUUUGUGUGAAAGCUCACCUGGCAUUUCAUUGGUGUAAAAUGAUAUAAAGAGAGGAUAUUACAUGGCCAUGCAGCGAUGCAAAAUUUCUGUUUCAGUGAGUGCAGCAAAUGAGUGAAAUACUUUUCAAUACGAGAAGAGAAAUUUCAUAUCUCCACGUGGCCAUGUAGUGUUCUAUUUAUUAUAUAAACACCAGUGAAAUUCCAAACCAUUUUCACUUAAAUAUUUUUUUGUUGCAAAAGGUGUGAUUUAUUAUGUAGCCUUAGCAAUGGAGUUCAUGUGUGAGGAUAUCACGUUUUUGUGCGAAAGCUGACCUGGUAUUUCAUUGGUGUUUAUAUAAUAAUUUUCUUUAGUUUUGUUUCUGAGUGACUGAAAUAUUUUGGGUCCAAGUGGUGGCUCACUUCCAUGAUCAGAAUACCCCAGGGAAACUUUUAAAAUUAGACUUUCACCUAAUCUGCCCUUGAUUUAUUUAUUAUUUGACAAGUCUAGGAAUUUACUUCUCCAUUUUACAAUGCAUCACAGAUGAUCAAGAAUGACUUAAAAUUUUACUUUCGAGGCUCUGUAAGGCCCUACUUGAUAUUGUGCAGAAUUAGUCUAGUUUUCAUUAGUUAUGAGGUUUCCUAGGGAUUGUACAAUCAGGUGCAAUUUUAGACCAUAAUAAUAUUGGCCGGGGAAGUAUGUCUACAGGAACACUUCCAAAAAUGUGAUUCUUCAUUUGAAGUCUCUGGACACAGUUAAGUACAAUGAAAAUUUUACUUCUGAUUAACAUUAUCUGUGAAGUUUCCUUAAACUUUAAGUUUGGUUAACUCCUAGAAUUUUAGGGGCAAACUGAGGCUUGAUAUUCUUAUAACAGGUCUAUCUUGUGGUUGAAAAACGAACAGGCAAGAAAAUGGCUUCUAAGAUGUGUGAUCUGGGGGCAAAUACAAGUGACACUCAAAAGGUACAAAUUUAUAAGUACAAUUUAUAACAUUAUUGUUCUGUUAAUAGUCACAGCAGUGCAAAAAUAUUUUUGUGUUCAUUUUUCCUGUCCAUUACCUGGGUAUUUCUUGGAUUUUGGUUUGCUGGUCUGAAUAUGAAGUUCUCCAGAGUUUGUAAUGAAGGCAUGUAGUGAGAUUUUCAGAGGGAUUGAGUGAAUAAAAGAUAAAAGUGGUAAAAGGUCUAUAUUUUACAUUGGUAACCCCCACACACCUCCACCACCACCACCACAACCCCCACCACCACCACUUUCUACAGGAGUUCUCCAUAUUCAUGGGUAUUAAAAACUACUCAAAGGUGCUCGGAAAGCAUAUAAGUUUUACGAAGGAUUUGACGUCACUACUGGGAAUCAAACUCGUAACUUCCCACUCAGAAGGCUGUGCAUGAACCAACUAUGGAGUGUCUUGUAUUAAGGUGGUUCUAAGUACUGAGUUUUGAGGACCAAAUCCUAUGGUGUAACUUUUCAAAUGAAAGCUACUGAGCAGCACUUUCAUGUGGUACUGUUUAUCAUCAAUGCUGUACAAGGUGCCUCUAACUUUUUAGUCUGUGGAUGAAUUCCUAUGGUGUGACCAUUCCAAUGAAAGCUGCUGUGCUGUACUUUCAUGUGGUACUGUUUAUUAUGCUUGACAAGGUGAUUCUAACUUUUGAGUCUGUGGAUGAAAUCCUAUGAUGUGACUAUUCAAAUGAAAGCUACUGAGUGCUCAGUACUUUCCUGUGGUACUGUUUAUUAUGCUAUACAGGGUGGUUCUAACUUUUAAAAAAUUGUGUUGAAUUUUAACUUUUGUCACUUGUGGUUUAUUUUUCAUUUUUGGACUUAGGCAGUAGAGUCUAUGGAAAUUGAAGUCACGGCAUUAACUUCGUUAAAACACGAGCACAUUGUUGAGUUCUUUUUUGUGGAACGUAUUCACAACACCGUUCUUCUGUUUCUGGAAUACAUGCAAGGGGUAAGAAAAAUUGAAGUUAAUCAAAAUAUGUUGGCUUUAAUUUUAUAUAUAAAAGUUCAGAUAAAAUCAAUGGGAUUUGGUUUAAAGGGAGUAGUGUAUGAACUUAAAAUAAUGCAAAAAAUUGUAAAUUAAAGAUAUGGAAUUUAAACCAGAAAAAUGGAGUAAAUGUAAACUGGUCAGAAUAGUUAACUGCAGGAUUUAUAAAAUUGAAAUAAACCCUAAAUGUCAACUAACUGUAUAAUAUCAUUGUAAAUAACACUUCACCGAUUAUUUUUCUUAUUUUAUUUACAUGUGCUUCAUAUUUAUUUUAUUGUUUUUUACUGUUUGUUUUCGGUAAAUAUGUUUAUAUCAUGUAUAUCAUGAUAUGUUUAUCAUGUACAUAUAAUUAUAUCAUGUAAUUUUCGCCCACCCGGGCGGACUGCCAUGUUAUUUUCGAGAAACGCCCCCAAAAUGCUCAUAUUGGUAUCAAAAAUUUGUUAGGAGAAAUGGGGCACGAAUUUCCGUGUCGAACAUUCCGGCUUGAAAACAGUUCUACCUUUUCAGACAUUCUGUUGCUCUCGGAAAUUUUCCUCUUAAACGACUCAAAAAGUCAUGUUCUUAGUCUUUCUUCUUUCUUACCGGAAUUUCCGCAAGCUUUUUGUAAACAGUGAACGUGUUUUCCGCCAGGGUACUCUACAAGACUUGGUUAGGAACAACGGACCUUUGGAAGAACCUUUGGUGGUUAAGUUCACAAGACAACUUCUUUCUGCUGUUGAUUACCUCCACACGAAUGGAAAAAAGCACAUUGUACAUAAAGAUAUAAAAGGUUAGGUUUGAAAAGCUGUUCCUUCUUGUACGCAAGCCUGAGUGGUUCAAGGUUUUCGAAAACAGGUUUUCAUGUAAACGAAGGUUUCGUACAACGCUUUCCAAUUUUUUCUGUGAGAACGCAAGCUUGAACAUAGGCAGGCAAUAUACUGUACUUUCCCUGGGGUGAAUGAGUUGCUGCGUUUCUUAUUAAAUUUUACGACUUGCCAUUGCGGCGCUGUAGUCUAUACCGACGUUUAUUUUCAUAUUUGCAAAUAACAUUAGAAGAACGUAGAAAACGUUAGUUGUAAACGGGCAUAUGUUCCUUUUAAGAUAAGAAAAUGUUAGUGUGGACAUGGAACUUUUUUAAUGGUGUGUGGACAUUGCUUAAGUGUUAAUUGAAUAUAGUGGAUAUUUUAGGCGUGAAUAUUUUGCUGGAUGGCCCCCAGAAAAACAUAAAACUGGCUGACUUCGGAAUCUGUACAAUAAUGGAGGUAAGAUCAUGUCCUUUAUAUGUGAUUUACAUAAUUUUAUUUACAUACGGCUUUGCCCUGAAAAAGGGUAGUACUUACACUGAGUUCAUAUACCUGUCGCUUACGAGAGGUUUCAACCAAAGUAAUCUGACUGGGAAAAUUUUGCUGUUUUUGAUAGGUGGUCGCUUAUGGGAGAUAUAUAGUCGCACAUGGAGGUUCAACUGUACUUGUUUUUAUUGCUAGCCUCUCGCACUUAUAACAGACUUUUUGUUGUCUGUCUGAUGAUAGCCUCCAACGCAGGCGUUUUCAGGGGAGCUCGUAUUUCGUCCCACGAAAUACGAGCUCCCCUAAAAACGCCUGCGUGGGAGGCUAGCCUGAUGACUACUGACUCGUCCCCAGUCGUCUCUCAUUAUUAGUAUUCGGCGUGGAAGACUAUAACGGGCUCUUUAACAAAGCAUAACCCAAGCGCUUCCCUAGUUAAUAAUUAAUGAGUAGAGACAACUUAGAGACGACUGGGGACGAGUCAGUGAUGACUACCUGUUGAUUUCUACAGGAACUGAGAACUGCCACCGGUGGCCUGGUGACUAAAAAUAAUGUAGCGUCCUUUUAUUGGACAAGCCCUGAGCUUCUCGCUGGGGAAAAAUUUAGUCGAAAUACAGACAUAUGGUAAGCAGAAUUCGACGGCUUUCUUGCUUGUGGUGAACUUGACUUCAUGUUUUUGUCUCUUUGUCUGAGUUUCAGGUUUGUAAGUUAUAACACUAGGCAGCGUUGUUACGGUAGCGAGUAAUAGGGAGCUUAAGCAACAACGUUUUUGAGCGACGCACGUCAACCGGAAGUGGCCUUUUUUCAUUUUUUGACGGUGGUUUCGCGCAAAUUUUCAGUCAAAUCGCCUCUAUAACAGUAAAGAAGCUAAGGAAUACAAAUUUUAUAUCAUCAAGGCAUGUUAAGAGGGAAAAUACCUCACUUCCGGUUGACGUGCGUCGCUCAAAAACGUCGCUGCUUAAGCUCCCUAUUAUCAUCCUCCCCAUACGUCGAUGUCUUUGCUAAAUUGUGGAGUUGACGGAUUCCACGCAUGGGAGUUUACAAGAUGUUAUAUGUCACGAGCCCUUCCUUCAGUUUUUACCCUGGGUACCAGAGGUUUUUCUCGCGUGCGGCGGGAAUUUUCGCUGUUGGCCGAAGGCCGACACAUCUUCGGCCGUAGGCCAAAGCCACGAGCGGUGGAGACGUGACAGAAACCGGAAACCCCGCUAGAAAAGUCUUUGGCACCCAGAGUAGUCAGUUUUAGGCUAUGUUCUGUACCGGAUAGCUUUUACGCCAACACGAAAACUGCCGUAUUGAUUUAUUUGAUGAAACGCCGCAGCGUUUAUUCAAGGGCGGCGUUCGUUUCCAAAUCACUUUUCUUAAAUCAGUGACAACAGUUACUGUAAGUCGUUUUUAAAUAUUAUGUAAUUUAAAAGUUCCAAUAUCGUAAUUGUCUGGAUGGUGUAGAUUACCAAGUUGUACCGAGUUUUUCCUCAUUAUCCUCAUCGAAUAGUCGCCACAGUCUUUUGACAAGGUGUGGCGUUUAUUCAAGGGCGGCAUUUGCUUCCAUAUGCGGCGUUCAAUCGAAUAAAUUCAGUAUAUCGGAUAGGGCCUCUGUUCAGACAUAAGAUCGGUGAUUUUGAUUUCGAAGCUGCGCCGCGACGAUCUUGAGAGUGGAUUGUCACAUAUCGGAUAGGUUUCUGCCACUCUUUGUCACAGUGUUUUGAGCUGUUUGGACCGUAGGAGUAGGAGAGAGGACUGGAACCCACUGAGACGGAAGCAAAUAUUUAGCAGUGAGGACUGGGAUUUAGUGCGCCAAACCCUCUCGGUCAACAGCUCCGGCACGAUGUUCAAAGUCGGUGUUCUCCGAAAUUUUGCUUCACUUCGAAUUUGAGAUUUCUUACAGUUCUUGCAUUGCUUUUAGGAGUGUUGGAUGUACAGUAGUAGAGAUGCUAACAACAAAGCCACCUUUAUUCUUUGAAAAGCUGUCUGUAAGGCAAUCAAUGUACCGGAUUAUAAACAAUCAAGUUGAACCACCGACUAAUUGUACGUCCCUGGCGUAUGGGUUUUUAAAACGGUGCCUUUGGUAAGUUCAUUACCUACAUACCUAAAGUGCUGGCUAGUUUAAUAUUCUUUUGUUCACUAACUUCGUUCUUAAGAUCAGAAUUUAAAAGAUUGUCUUAUAGUAAGUGAGGUUAUUAGGGCUGACUUAAGCAAGAGAAUAUUAAGCUUGUCGCGGCUUUUUGGAAUGAGUUUAUUCUUUAGUUAGGGAGAGGUAGAGUCAAGAUUGUCUUUCUUAUGGUAGUAUGGCUCUAUGGCUCUCACAAAUAUAUGAGUAUCCUAUUGAGAUUUCUUACCUGGCUGAGAGAGCAGAACAUGUCUCUUUGAAGAAAAAAAUGGUUUUUACUGAGCCCAUCCAUACUCUUUGUAUUGUAUCUUUUGUAUUUUAGGUCCAGUUUAAAUGGACAUGGUUCGUACAAUCUUGAAAAGGUCUUGAAAUUUAGUAUUCGUUUUGAAAAGUCCUUGAAUUCAGUUAAGGUCCUUGAAAAGUACUUGAUUUCGUUACUAGGUCUUGAAAAGUCCAUGCAAUUCACUACCUUUUCUACGCCAGCCACCAUUUUGCGUAAAAUAUGAUUAUUUUGCCGAGGAAGAUUUGGCUCAACUUUGGUGUAAGAACCUGUACAACUCAUGGGUAAUGUGUGCAUGAACAAUAUUUGAUUUCUGUUUCUUUAUUCCAAAUGCAGUUCUGUACCUCAGAUAAGUCCUAACCAGUCAUUUUGCAAAGUGUUGUUGCUGAAAGUAGUAUAAAUUAAUGUGCUUAGUGAUGGCCGAAGAAGUAAAAAUCAGAAAUGACUUCAUGACGUGUUUUAGCCAAUAGGCUGAUCAAAAGGGGCUUAAAGAAUGCCAGAUUAUUACAUAAAUCUUAGUCCCUAAAAACUGAAAUUUGUCCUUGAAAAAUCCUUGAAAUUUGGGAUCAAUCUAGGUUUCUGGGAAACUGCCCACCUACCCCUCCCCUAAGCCAGCAUUUUGCCCUAAACGAGAAGUAAGUGUUAAUGUUGGCUUAGGGGAGAGGUAGGUGGGCAGCUUCCCAGAAAACUAAAUUAAUCCUAAAUUUGUUUGUCUGAAGUUGUACGGACCAUGUAUGGAUAAAAGUUGUCCCGGAACAGAGGGUCGCCCUUCCAGCCGAGUUAACUUUCGCUAGCGUUUAUAUGAGAAAAAAGCCGACUCAUUUGUCCAAGCCAAGAGCACUCGCUAAUACUCUGAUUGUGCCGCCAUUACAUCCUCACAUAUCGUUUUUGUUUUUAACUUUUCUACUCAGUCCAAAGGAAACUCGCGCAUCUGCUGUGGAGCUUUUGGCAGAUCCCUAUCUAAACCAAGAUCAACAGUAAUAAACGAAGGCUUCCAUCUGGUCACGUGGAGAGUGUUUUGACGCCACGUGCUUCCAUUUAACAAAGAGAAGAAAUAGAGCGACAUUCAGUGAAUUAGCUCCUCGGGUCCUCGUUUUCUCCCUAGGGUUUUUAAAUAGGGAGCUUAAACAACAAUGGCAGCGACGGCAACUAGGCCUGUCCCGAUUGUGCUCGUAAAAUGCUGGAAAGUUGCUUACUGGGAUGCUAAAAAGUUGCUAAAAAAAAUUGCCACAAAUCCAAAACGUUGCCACCUAAAUUUCAAAAGUCGCUAUGUAAGUUUCUUGAUAUUUUUAAUGUUAUUGUUAAUAAAAAGCUUUAUUUUCCGUUCUUCACAAUAAUUGUCAACAUCGGUCAACAAAAAGAGCUUGAAAGUUACCUUUAAAGAGUUGUUCGCAAAUAUGGGCGAUACCACAGGUAGCCCAAGCCGACAUUUUUCUUCUUAGCUAAGUAGUUAUUCAUACAGCGACAGCUAUAAAUUCUAGGGCGUUGUAUGAGAACUUUUUCUUUUUUUAUAAUUGAUUGAAAUGUGCAUUAAAUUUUUCCUUUAGCGUUUCCUUUAACUUGAAGUUUUCUGUGAAAUCGUUUACUUUUUCAUGCUUGAUAUGUGCACUAAACCUAUAUUUUGCUCAAAAAUUGCUCAGAAAAGCAAAGUUGCUCGAGGUUGCUUGAACUCCCAACGACAAAAGUUGCCGAGCACAAUCGGCACAGGCCUAACGGUAACGAGAAAGUCAAAAAAGUAAUAUCUAAAGUUUAGCAAAACCAAACCCGUACCCAGUAGCUUCUCUGUAUCUGCGCUGUGAUUAAUGGGAAGGAUUAAAUGAGUUCGCGGUGCAUCAAGGGAAGAAAGAAAGAAAAACCUCGAAGCGCCCUCCUUUCCAAGCACCUUUGCACGCGUCAAUUUUCCUUUGAAUGUUUCUUUGCGGUGACGGCAGAGAAGUGUACUAAAAAGUGUGGUGCUCGUUCAGAGUUGUUUUGUUAAUGUACCCAAAAGUGUGAUGCCAUGCACGUGAAGAGUUGCAGUUUUGCUAAUCAAACCUACCGAUAUUUUGACGUUCCGGUUGCUUUUAAGCAAAGCUCUCUAUUGAACCCCUAGGACGCGAACUUUACUGGCUAGAAAGAAGGUAGCUAUUCGUAAAAUUUUUAUGAAUUGGGAAUCUGAUCGUGAUGCGUUUCCAAUUUCCAAGGCAUUGAAUGCGGUUUUGACACGCAUAAAUGUCAAUAUAUUUAUAGUAAUUUAUCAGCUCUUUUUAAGGUGAUAGCCGAACGAAAAUCAAAAGAAUUACGGGCGGAGAAUGUGUGAAACUUGAGAGACUAAAGCCUUGUCCAAACGUCGAACUUUCCCUGAGACGAAUCAAACGUAAGGAGUUAAGUUCAUGAAAAGCUCGACGUCUGGCUCAGUUACGUUCGUCUGAAUGAGUUUGGAUCGUCCAACACGUUCUAUCCGUUUGCUUCAGACGGGUAGAACUUCUGAACAUCGUCUCCGGGACAAACUUCAAUCCUCACAUGCGACGAACUAAACUAAUACAUCAAAGACGUCUGUCCCAACGGACGACUCUAACUUAAUUUAAGCUAACUUAGAUCGACCCAAAUUAGAGUUUGGUUCGUCUCAUGAAAAGUUCGACGUUUAGCCUGCCUCAGAGGCGCUUAUUGCAAUUUUCUCGCCUGCCGAGCACACAUAAAGACGCUUGGAAGAGACUACAGUUUGUCAAAUUUAACUUCCCCUUAACAGUGAAUUUUUGUAGGUGCUUAGAUCAUAGCCUUCUCGCUUCGAUAAUUUCUACGCGUUUAGACGUGAGAAAAAGAAAAGAAAUAAAGAAAAUACGACAACCUACUUUUUACUGUCGUUGGAUAUAGCUUACGUUUUUUCACGUCGCUUCUAAUGCCUCUUCAAUGAGAAACUGUUAGAAAAGCUGUGGAAUUUCCUUAUGUAAAGAUAGUUUUAUUAUACAGUCUUGAAUUGUGUGCACUGCCCAUUGAGAGCCCUUUUUGCGAGUAGUGGCAUUGUAGGUAUGUCGGUAAAUGUUGCUAAUCAAUGUAAUUCGAGAAUUAAUUACAGAGACGUGUACUAUAAAAGGACUGGUUCACUCCUUAAUGAACGUAAGUUCCAAGAAGAAUUUUUUUAUCACACGUGACUGUCCCCUCAAGAGCCUGAGAACUUGGCCAACAUCGGGUCGAGUGUGUUCUAUCGAAUUGCACCAUGGGUAUUUUUUUAUUUCCGAAUACCGCGCGAAGAUGAAGCGAUAACGACACGGAUACAAUCCUACGGUGCAGUUUAAUAGACGCACGUGCCUAUUGAUUAGACGAUGACAAGGUUAAAACAUUUUCUAGGCCAAUAGUUAGAUCGAUACAAUUUGUUUUUAGAGUGACAAAUCUUUUGAUAUUUUAUGUUGGUUUUGUACCAGUUAGUGAUGUAUUGCUGGUUUACACGUGAUGUCAUGGCAGCCAUGUUGGUGUUGAAGAACCAAAGCAUUUCUCUCCUUUUGGAACUGAACUCCAUUUUCAUGUAAAUUAUUUGAAUUAAUUUUUCUUGUAUCAGAACCACU